UGUGUAAAUUUGGUUGCAAUGGAAAAUCUGGUAAGAGGUUCGACUUAUACACAAGUUCCUUGACAAGUUCACAACCCGAUGCUAUGCAUCAAGAACUCUAUAAGGGAGAUUAUAGAUUCGAUAAAGAUGGCAAGCAUCUAAAAAGCUAUAAUGCUGACAAUAGAAGUGCAAAGGGAGUCUCUUGUUUUGUGUCUUUAGAAUUUCCUCACAACGUCCCUAAUGAAAGUAAAAAAGAAAUCCCCUGUUAUUUUCUUCCUGAAGGAAUAUCCCUUUCGGAAAGUCUAGCUUUGUUUUAUACCCAUAAUAUAAAACUCCAGUUUCCAUCUGGUGAACAAACAGCGUUGCAUUUCGUUAUUGCACCAACGAUGCAUAUGACAAGAGAAAAUUACGAACAGGCAAUAAGAAAUGGUGUAGAAGACUUCCAAAUGAUUGAGGUGUAUUGGCUCAUGGAAAUCUGGCACGAGCAGACAACGUGUACCAUGAACCGCCUUCACGCAAAUGAUAUUUACACAUGGAUCGCUUUGGACAAACCAUCUUUUCAAGAUCUUAUUAUGCACGAGCCUCGUGCUUACAUAGUGUUUUCUACCCUCGCUUGUAUGAACGCUAGAAUUCCUACAUCGCAUGUAACAGAAUUGAUGUAUUUGGGUGACAUUUUGGGGGAACUCAAAGACUCUUUUGGAUGGAAAGCAGAGACUUCAAACAGGUGGAGCAAACAAAGUGGAUGCGAAGAUAUUCCUAAGGACGUUGAAAAGUGGGAUCUACAAGUUAUUAAGUUUUUAGGAUCCGAACUGAACCUUGAUGUAAAAUACAUCAAGAGAAAUCAAAGGACAAGAGAUAAAUGA